AUGCCUGACCCAAACCUUCAGUCCUACAUAGCAGCGCAUUACCUCUCGGGACCCAAAGCCGACGCUAUCCUCGCGCGUAAUUCGUCAGAUACCAAAGUCAAGCGCAAGAAGAAAAGGGCCAAGACAGACGAACCUGUAGGAGCUUCGUCCUCGUCAGGGUUGGUGUUCAAGGAUGAUUCGGAUACGUGGAAGAAACUGGCAGAGGAUGAGGAGGACGAUGCUGGUUUGACGCCGCAAGUUGUCGGCGAACGGGAUGCUGAAAGCUCCAGCAAGGCCUUUCGCAAGAUUGGAUCGUCCAAGAGUCGAACGGAAGAGCAGGAAGUGUCAUCGGAUGUAGCGCAAGGCAGCGCCUCGGUCUCGGCAGCUGACGAGCCAACAGAGUUCAAGGCGGGUCUCAGGACAAAGGAAGAGAUGAAAGCGGCACGACUUGCACGAGAAUCACGAAAGAAGCGAGCCGCGGAAUCAAGCUCUGUCGAACCAUCAACAUCAUCCGCGCCACAGCCAGACGAAGACGAAGAAGCGAGGCUCGCCCAACAGACUGUCUAUCGAGACUCUUCCGGCCGCGUCAUCGACAUCAACGCACAGCAAGCCGAACAGGAACGUCUCGAACGCCUGCGUCUGGAAAAGGAAGCCGAACGUUCCACCUGGUCCCACGGUCUUGUGCAGAAGCAACAACGUCAGCGGGCAGCAGCACAGCUAUCCGCGGUCCAACAGCAAGGUAUCGCACGGCGUGCCACCGACGACGAGUACAACGCCCACUUCAAGGAGCAACAGCGUGCCGACGAUCCCGCACUGGCGUUUUUGACGAAGAAGCGAACAAGCGGUCCCGUAAAGCCGAAGUACAAGGGAGCAUGGCCAUCAAACAGGUUCAACAUCCCACCUGGAUACCGCUGGGAUGGUGUCGAUAGAGGCAACGGCUACGAGAAGGCCUUCUUCGAGAGAAAGGCUCAGCUCGAAUCUAGAGAACAGCAGGCGAGAGCGUGGAGUCAGUCGGACAUGUGA